CAACAAAUAUAUAUUAUGAUGAGAUUGCUCUCGAUACCACUUUCUUCCUGAAGCUUGCGAAAAAGAUGGUUGUGGUUGACCCCGGGCUAUUCGUCAAGACGGAACGGUUGCUGCUCCGCCCGUUGCGCAUCGAAGAUGCAGAUGACGUAUUGGAGAUGCGCAGGCAUCCGGAGGUCAUGAUACAUACAUCCACUCUCCCCUCGGACAACAUUGAAGCUACAAAGGCAUGGAUACAAGGUUGCCACCAGGUUGAACACAAUUGGAAUUUCGCAGUCGUCCUGUUGGAGCCUCACGAUGGUCCACAUGUCAUUGGCCUCAUUGGUGCUGUCCGCGCACCAGAAGUAGGAUACAUGUUCAAUGCUUCGUACUGGGGGAAAGGAUACGCCACGGAAGCAUUGCGUGCGUUCAUGCCCAUGUUUUUCGAACACUAUUCCGGCAAUUGCAUUGCAGAUUACCGGGAUGAAGGUGCAAAUGGACCGUCAAGCAACGGCAGUACACAAAACGGGAACGGCACCAAUGGCUGCACGGACAAUGGCAAGCGGUUGGCACCGAGAUACGAAUACGCAGAAGCACACACGGACCCGGAGUUGGUUUCAAGUCAAAAUGUAUUGACAAAGGUUGGCUUCAAGCUGCAUGAAAGGAAGAAGAAUGAUUUUGAGAACCCGAUUCUAGGGAUGAGAGAUACUUUGGUCUUUAGAUUUUACAGGUCAUCUUUAUGAGAGACGGCCUUUACGAUUGAAUUGUACAACAAGGCUAAGGCUGCUGAUUACAAAAACGUCCCCAUGAACAUAAGGCGUUACCAACCUAUCUUAGCAGAAUAAUGAUCGAGUUCUUCUCUUGUUUUGCCUCGAGACGGCGUUCGAAACUCACAU